GCAUAGCUCCUCGACUUGCGAGCUUGCAUGUUUCCGCAGACCACAACGAUGCAACUGUUUGUUCGCGGAGGGAAUGCAGCAUCUCGCAGCGUGGUGUUGGACGUGCAGCAAGGAGAUCUGGUGAGCAUCGAUGGAUGCAUUGCACCACACACGGGCCCAGGCAUCAUCUGUCGUGUGUGCUGCCUGCCUGCCGCAGAUAAGGGACGUGCUGCGUAAGUAUGAGGCCAAGGAGGGCUUCCCAGUUGAUGCGCUGCGCGUCAUCUUCCAGGGCAAACUGGUACGUCACGCGGCAUCCAGGCAGAUUCAGGAGUGCAUGAUUGUCAGCCUGCAUGCCUCUGGGGUGUCUGUGGCAGCUGGACCACGACAAGGCCCUCAACUAUUACAAUAUCAAACAUGGUGACACGCUGAACGCCAUCGUCACCAACACGAAGUGCUUCUCUGCGACCAGUAUUACUAGUCUGAGAGUAGAGAAAUGCCGCGUCAUCCAUCCAUCCAUCCAUCUGUCCAGAUUUCUCUUCCCGUCUGGCGGCAACUCGUCAGAGGUGAGAGCCAGGCAGGCAGGCAGGCAGGCAGGCAGGCUGGAUGGGUGGGAAGCCUCCAUGGCCAUGUAUGUAUCAGAGAGUCGAGCAUACCAUUCCUGAGAGCAGUGUUGAGAACCGCGCCCGACUGUUGGAGGCCUACAAUGCAGGAUGCAAGACGGUGGGAUGAAUGGAGGGGGGAAGAGGGGGCCGGCUGGCGAAAAGAAUGUCGGAUGGUGUCAUUGUCUUGCGUCCCGCAGAUCGUGCAGAUCGUGGGCGACGACUACGGAAAGCCGCGGAUUGGCGUGUUUGACAUCAAAUCGCAGACCACAGUAUACCAAGGUACGGAUCGCACAACGAGGGCUCGCCUCAUCCGGCUCGAGUCGCAAUCCGGGUUUGUUUGUUUGUUCUCUUCUGAUCAGCGGCGAAGCUUUUGUUUGGCGAUCUCAAGCUGAAGUUGGAGGGCCUCUGUGAGUACAGCACGGUGGUGUCGAUUCUGUCCGAGGUGGAAGUGGGCAGGGCGGCCUCGGUGCGGAACGCCCAGAUGGCCCUCAUCAUGUCGGUCAGUCCAUGGGAGGCCAAACACCUCAAGGCCCUUGCAGAACUGCACGACGUAAGUAGCUAGAGCGGCCGCUGCACUCAGCCGAUGGCCGUUUCCUCCCAUGUGACUCUUGUCAGACGACGGUGACUCUCGGGAAGAGGGAUCGUACCAUCUUCGAGAAGGAUCGCGCCAUCAGUGAGAAGGACCGCAUCAUCGAUGAGGAGCGGAGGACCGCCCAGAAACUGACCAACACCAUCAAGGAGAAGGACUCCACCAUCCAACACCACGAGGCGGCCAUCGCUGAGCAUCGCAAGACCACCAAGAAACUGACCAACACCAACUUCGAGAAGGAUGCGACCAUCAUGAAACACAAGGCGACCAUCAAAGAGCGCGAUGCGGCGAUACAUUCCCUCCAGGACGAGAACGCGCGACUCGGCCAGCAGAAUGCGUCUUUGGAGCGUGAUCGUCUCAGCGGCGCCCGUCUGCAUCAGAUCAGCGCGGCCGAGCUGGGCUGCCUCGUGACCAAUAUCGACUCCGAGGUGACCCGCCUGACACAGCUGCGGGGGGCGGCUGAGGACCAGCGUGCCAAGACAGAGGUGGCUGAGCGUGAGAGGGAGAGCACCUGCAUGGCCUGCCUGGAGGAACCACGCGCAGUGGUGCUGCCAUGCGGUGAGUGAGGGGAUGGAGGGAUGGAGGGACGGAUGGAGAGACACGCUCAUCCAUCUGUGCGUAUGUCAUGUGUGCCUGUGUAGGUUGCAAGGUCUACUGUGGGUCGUGCUACGAGCGCAUCCUGGCGGGCGGCACCGACGAUGCCGAUGCCGAGGAGGACUUCGAGCCGGAGCCGACAUCCAAGUGCCCACUCUGCUCCAAACCAUUCUGAGAGGCAGAGGGGAUGAGUGACAGACAGACAGACAGACAGACAGGCAUGCCGCGGAGGAUGGCGGGUCGUU